UCCCACUUCCUCCCCUAUCUCCAUUCUCCACCAGCGUCCUCCUCCUCCUCCCCGGCUCCGCCCACCUCGGCCAUGUUCCGGACCUUCACGAAGCUUCGGGAUGCAGCGGCGCCGCUCGCGUCGUCGGCGGUGCGGCGGUGCUCCGGCGGGAGCCGGAUCCGGGCCGACGCCAAUUGCCCGCGCUGCGACGCCCACAUGUCGGUCCAAUUCUCCCUCCAGCAGCUCCCGGCGCCACCGCCGGCCGCCGCAGGGGUCGUAGAUGCCUCCCAGAACCACAAACACGACGGGGAGGGUGUGUGCCCGGCGUGCCGGGCGGCGUUCCUGUUCCGCGCCCACCGGAUCGACCCGCUGCGGGGCGCGUUCCUCGAGAUCCCCGGCGCCAUCGGGGGCGAGGAAGAGGACGCGGAUAGGGGAGGCUUCGCCGAUCGGAUCAAGAGGAUGUUAUCGGAGCGCCCGCCGGAUGAGUUCCCCCCGUUGCCGCAAUCGCCCCCGAUGCCGAUGCCGCACUAUCAUCCGCGACGGAAAAAUAACAGGAGGAGACAGAAGGAGGAAGGAGGUGGAGGUGGCGGCGGCGGCGGUAACGGCGGGGACUCAUCGUCGGGAGGGGAGGGUACGAGCGCUUCGCCUAAGAGGGAGUGGUGGGGUGGAGCCAGCCUGGGCGAUGAGCUGCCGACGCCUCGGGAGAUGUGCCGGAGGCUUGACGAGUUCGUUAUCGGCCAGGCCAAGGCAAAAAAGGUGCUAUCAGUAGCUGUAUACAAUCAUUACAAGAGAAUAUAUAAUGCAAAUGUACAGAAAGAAUCUGUUGCCAAUUCUGGGUUUCCUGACGCUGCACAAGAUGAUCAAAAUAUUGUAGAAAUAGAUAAAAGCAAUGUACUCCUGAUGGGCCCAACAGGCUCAGGAAAAACAUUGCUUGCAAAAACAUUAGCACGUAUUGUAAAUGUACCAUUUGUUAUAGCUGAUGCGACAUCAUUAACACAGGCUGGAUAUGUAGGGGAGGAUGUAGAGUCAAUACUGCAGAAGUUACUAGUGGCUGCUGAGUAUAACGUUCAAGCUGCCCAGCAAGGGAUAGUGUACAUAGAUGAAAUAGAUAAAAUAACAAAGAAGGCUGAGAGUGCAAAUGUCAGUAGAGAUGUAUCUGGAGAAGGUGUUCAACAAGCAUUGUUGAAAAUCCUAGAAGGAACUGUUGUCAGUAUUCCUGAGAAAGGAUCGCGCAAGAAUUCUCGCAGUGAAAGUAUACAGAUAGACACGACCGAUAUUCUUUUCAUAUGUGGUGGUGCUUUUGUAGACUUGGAAAAGACUAUUUCUGAAAGGCGCCAAGAUUCAUCUAUAGGAUUUGGGGCACCUAUUCGUACAAACAUGAGAAGUUCUGGAGCUAGCAGUCCAAUGAUUACUUCAUCUUUGUUAGAAUCUGUUGAGAGUGGUGACCUUGUAAGAUAUGGUUUAAUUCCAGAGUUCACUGGACGUUUGCCCAUUCUAGUUAGUCUGGCAGCUCUUAAUGAAGAUCAGCUUGUUCAGGUUUUGACGGAACCAAAGAAUUCACUUUCCAGACAAUACAGGAAAAUGUUUAACUUGAACAAAGUUAGACUGCACUUCACUGAUGGCGCACUGAGGUUAAUAGCUAAGAAGGCGAUAGCUAAAAAUACUGGUGCUCGUGGUUUAAGAGCCAUCUUGGAAACCAUUCUAUUGGAGGCCAUGUAUGAGAUCCCAGAUGAGAAAGCAGGAAAUGAGCGAGUAGACGCUGUUGUGGUUGAUGAGGAGGCAAUUGGUUCUGCUGAUAGGCCAGGCUGUGGGGCAAAAAUUCUCCGAGGAGACGGUGCAUUGGAUCAGUACAUAACAAGAACUAACGUGAUGAAUUUACGGGAAACUAACGAUGGUUUGGCCGGGGAGCUCGAGGAAGCGUACAUGCUGUCGAGAAUUGUUAGUUUGUAACUGGAAAACGCCGGGAGAAGCGUAGAUGCUGAGUUCUGACCGACUUCGUACAUCAUGUAACAUGUCUACCCAACACUCACACAAGCUCUUUACUGCUCACCAAAUCGCCUGUAAUCUGUUCCAUUCCUGCUGAGCUCUGACGAGCACAUAGAUCGAGGGCGCCAUUUGUUGUAAUUGAUGUAAAGAGUUGCCUUUUGAUUGAGCAACCGUCCUGCCAAGUAAAUUGUUCCCCAUUUUUUUUCCCCCUGCUGCCCGAACUGGGCAGCUGAGCUCAAUUGUUGUUGGGAAAGCUGUAAAGAUCAUCAUUUUACUGAUAUGAUAAGAAGGCACAUUUUCACAAGGCCUACACAGGAUCAAGUUUAUACUGAA